CAGCCAGGGCGGGGGUGAAGAUGGAGGACAGGAAGAGGGGGAGCCAGCUCUGGGAGGAGGGGGGCCAAGGAGUCUGGCGGCGGCGGCGGCUCUCUCGCACGCCCUCACUGCCGGCCGUCCCAGCUCCAGGCACCAUGUUCCGCGCGGGGCGCCCCAGCCACAUCGUCCUCCGGUCGCUGCUGCUGCUACUGCUGCAGGCCGUGGGGAGGGGGCUGGGCCGCGCCAGCCCGGCCGGGAGCCCCCUGGAAGAUGUGGUUAUCGAGAGGUACCACAUCCCCAGGGCCUGUCCCCGGGAAGUGCAGAUGGGGGAUUUUGUGCGCUACCACUACAACGGUACUUUCGAGGACGGCAAGAAGUUUGACUCGAGCUAUGACCGCCACACCUUGGUGGCCAUCGUGGUGGGCGUGGGGCGCCUCAUCACCGGCAUGGACCGAGGCCUCAUGGGCAUGUGCGUCAAUGAGCGGCGACGCCUCAUUGUGCCUCCGCACCUUGGCUAUGGCAGCAUCGGCGUGGCGGGGCUUAUUCCCCCGGAUGCCACCCUCUACUUCGAUGUGGUCCUGCUGGAUGUGUGGAACAAGGCGGACACUGUGCAGGUGAGCACCUUGCUGCGCCCGCCCCACUGCCCCCGCAUGGUCCAGGACAGCGACUUUGUCCGCUACCACUACAACGGCACGCUGCUGGAUGGCACUGCCUUCGACACCAGCUACAGUAGAGGUGGCACUUACGACACCUACGUGGGCUCUGGCUGGCUGAUCAAGGGCAUGGACCAGGGGCUGCUGGGCAUGUGUCCUGGAGAGAGAAGGAAGAUCGUCAUCCCUCCAUUCCUGGCCUAUGGCGAGAAAGGCUAUGGGACUGUGAUCCCCCCGCAGGCCUCCCUGGUCUUCCAAGUCCUACUGAUUGACGUCCACAACCCAAAGGACGCGGUCCAGCUGGAGACACUGGAGCUGCCACCUGGCUGCGUCCGGAGAGCCGUGGCUGGGGACUUCAUGCGUUACCACUACAAUGGCUCCCUGAUGGAUGGCACCCUCUUUGACUCCAGCUACUCCCGAAACCGCACCUACAAUACCUAUGUGGGGCAGGGCUAUGUCAUCCCAGGGAUGGACCAGGGACUGCAGGGCUCGUGCAUGGGGGAGCGCCGGAGAAUCACCAUCCCCCCGCACCUUGCCUAUGGGGAGAACGGGACUGGAGACAAGAUCCCUGGCUCUGCUGUGCUGAUCUUCGACGUCCACAUCAUCGACUUCCACAACCCUGCAGAUCCAGUGGAAAUCAAGACACUGUCCCGGCCCCCGGAGACCUGCAAUGAGACGGCCAAGCUUGGGGACUUUGUUCGCUACCACUACAACUGCUCUCUGCUGGAUGGCACCAAACUCUUCUCCUCCCACGACUACGGGGCCCCUCAGGAGGCGACUCUGGGCGCCCACAAGGUGAUCGAAGGCCUGGACACGGGCCUGCAGGGCAUGUGUGUGGGAGAGAGGCGGCAGCUGGUGGUCCCCCCGCACCUGGCACAUGGAGAGAGCGGAGCCCGGGGGGUUCCUGGAAGUGCUGUGCUCCUGUUUGAGGUGGAGCUGAUGUCCCGGGAGGAUGGGCUGCCCACAGGCUACCUGUUUGUGUGGCACGAAGACCCUCCUGCCAACCUGUUUGAAGACAUGGACCUCAACAAGGAUGGCGAGGUGCCCCCGGAGGAGUUCUCCACCUUCAUCAAGGCUCAAGUCAGUGAGGGCAAAGGACGCCUCCUGCCUGGCCAGGACCCUGAGAAAACCAUAGGAGACAUGUUCCAGAAUCAGGAUCGCAACCAGGAUGGCAACAUCACCGCCGAGGAACUCAAGCUGAAGUCGGAUGAAGACCAAGAGCGGGUCCAUGAGGAGCUCUGAAGGGCAGAGGCCUGGGCCCAACUGCAAAGGUCGUCGAGGGGGACAGCGGGCAGUGGGGCUGACUUCCCAACAGUCACCCUCCCCUCUGCUGGCAUGAGGUCUGGAAGUUUCUAGAAAGUGGUCAGAGGGGACAACUCUGGUUUUCCCAUUGCCCGAGAGUAAAAUCCACAGCACAGAUCUCUAUUUGGUUUUUCUCUCCCAGCCCCAAACCCCUUCCUUAAAAGUUUUGGAAUUACAAAGCCAAUCUGGGGAUUGGUGGAGUUUGGGGGUUGGCUGGGGUCAUUGCUGGCCCCUUGCUCAGACCUCCCCUCCGUGUCACCAGACACUGAGGAAGGCCAAGCUCAUAAUUUCCUUCUCUCCCCAAACUUCCCCUUUACCUGUACUUUUCCUCACCAUCCUCAACCCACACCCCCCCCCGCCCCUGCCCACAGCCCCCAUUCCUCUGUCCUGGCAGCUCCCCAGGAACAUGAACCCCCAGCUUUCCUCCCUCGGCUCCAGCUGGUUCCUAGGGAAGGGGACGGUUCCGGGGGGGCAGCCCUACCUUACCUGUCCGGUUCCCUUCACCUGUCCCACGCCCCCUCGCUGCCGUCCAGUGGUGGCUGAAGAGCCCCUAGGGUGCUGCACUUCAGGGCUGGGCUUUGUGUCUCCUUUUAUCCCUAAAGAAGGCUGCCUUCUCUAGGGACCAAAGAACAAGAGAAAAAUGAAGGGGGGUGGUAUGAGGAAACCUACUUGGAUGGAUCUUAGGGCUAUGAAAUCCUUGGUUCGGGGCUGAGAUAAAUGUGGAAAAGGGGCUCAUUAUUGAGGGGGUGGGGGGGGGUGGGCAGAGCUCUGCACACUCAAAAGGCUAAACUGGUGUCAGACCCCCUUCUCCUUUGUGCCAAAUAAAACACGUCCGAAACCAAA